GAUUUAUAUUGAAAGUGCAUUGGCCAAUAUUUAACAAUGUAAUAAGAAUAUUGGUCUAAUAUUGAGACAAUAUUAAACCAGUAUUGUUAAAUAGACAUAUUGGCUAAAUAAGAGAAGGCGUCCAUCUUACAAUAUUGGACCAAUAUUCGGAAUACUAGGCUCUUACAUUAUUUUCCAAUAUUGCGUCAAUAUAUUGUGCUACUAGAGUUGUCGAGGGAACCUUGAGAGCUACGCCCCUAAGACUGGUAUUGCAAUUAAAAUUCGAAUGUUUGAUUAUUACAGUGAGCAAGCUCGAUCAUACGGAUAAUGACUGUCUCUGCAUCAUUGUGCUAACUCAUGGGACCGAGCACGAUAUGAUAUGCGCGAAGAACGCCAUUUACCAAGUCGACGUGCUUUGGAAGCCCUUCACCGCUGAUAAAUGCACAUCGCUCGCGGGCAAGCCUAAGCUGUUCUUCAUCCAGGCUUGCAGAGGGGAAGCAGCCGACAGUGGUAUUAAAAUAUCUCCCCGCACUCUAAGACAAACUGAAACUGACACGGUGCCUUAUUAUACUAUUCCGACUCACGCAGAUUUUCUGAUGGCUUACAGCUCGAGGCAAGGUGAGUGUCUAUGAUACCUCAAUAUGAUUCUACAGAAAGUUGGUCAUUUUGUAGAGGCGUUGUUCUAACGGGGGUAUUCAAAAAGGGCUGAGCACCAAUGUAAUAACUAAAAUUGACUUUAACAAAAUAUUACAAGAAUCGAACUUAUUUCUGUUUCGGAUUUUAAACACGAUGUGCAAAAAUGCACUUUUUGAAGCUAUCACAAUAUAUAAAUUUGAAAAAGUACAACGAAAAACCACGUACAUUCUUAAUAACUGAUUAUAAAAUAUUAGUAAUUUUAUUUCAUUAUAAAAUAUUAUAUUUUAGUAAAAUACUAAUCACAACAA